AUGGUGAAAUCAGGCAUCUCGAAGAAAAUCUCCAAGGCUUCUGCCUCUGAAAACCCCACUGGGUCUGAUUCUGCAACAAGAAAUCAAAUGCCUUCGAUUGCUUCAAGCAAUUUUAGGGCUGUGUUCGAAGAUCACUCCUCCUACAAUGCUCCGAUCAAGCUAAUGAUCAAAUUCUUGAACAAUCACCCUCUAUUUGGCCCCUUCGAUGCAUUCACAGACGUGGUUCCUCUUUCAGCCUUAUUCAAAUGUGCAUUCUCUGCUUACAGACCCCUCGAGAAUCCUCAAGAGGUGCAUCUGAACUUAGUGAACGUUUCUUUGGUCAUUCUGAACAAAGAAAAGUUUCUCAACGCCAUUAAUCUGCUGGUUUAUCCUUCCACCAAGGUUUUCACUCCAAGUAUGGCCGACAUUCUCUCAGCUCUCUACCAAAUGGGUUACCAGAAAAAAAAUCAAAGGAAUUGGAGAAUUCAAGAAAAAUCAACUGCCUGCGGUGUGGCAAUUCGUUUGUCACUUCGUCAUCCGCAGCCCGUCAGGCCGAACCGGAGCCACUGA